AUUUAAAAAUUUAAAAAAAUUGUAGUGUGCAGCACCCAUGUAAACGUGCUCUUUUCUGCACUCGCCGCCUUCCCACUAACCUUUGCCCUUGGGUCAUCCAUCACUUUCCUCUUCCGGUUGUGCCAACUUUCAAUUCGGCGGCCAAAAUAUCGAAUUUCUCACCGGAGCCUGGAGCUACAAGGUUGACCCUCUCGAUUCAACUUUCGGGGAGGAGAUAAAACGCUUCCUUCUCUGUGUUUCUCCCAUCUCCUUCCUCACUCCCCUCUUUACGCUGAGCUACCUCUCUCGCUUGCGUCUCCACUUUAAAGUAAAUAGUUCUCUGGCAAGAAGCAUAAAAGUUCAAUUUUUUGUCAAAUGGCGUUGGUUGUAAUCUGUGGGCAACCGUGCAGUGGGAAGUCCACAGCUGCCCUAUUCCUAUCUGAAGCUCUCAAAGAUACAGAAUCAAAGCUGACAGUUAGGAUCAUUGAUGAAACUUCUCUUCAUCUUGAUCGCAAUCAGAGUUAUGCCAAUAUGACUGCUGAGAAGAACUUAAGAGGAGUGCUUAGGUCUGAAGUUGAUAGAUCAGUCUCAAAAGAUAACAUUAUAAUUGUAGAUUCUUUGAAUAGCAUAAAGGGUUACAGGUAUGAGUUGUGGUGUUUGGCUCGUGCUUCAGGAAUAAGAUACUGUGUGCUAUAUUGUGAUGUGGAAGAAACCCAUUGUAGAAAAUGGAAUGAAGAACGAAUGGAAAAGGGAGAAGCUUCUUACAAUGAGGUGAUAUUCGAAGAUUUGGUAAGAAGGUUCGAGAAACCGGAUAAGAGAAAUCGAUGGGAUUCCCCUUUGUUUGAGUUAUGGCCAUAUAAAGAUGGAAUAGAGAAAUCUGCUUCUGCCAUAUUGGAUGCAGUUUCAUAUUUGACAAAGAAGGUGGACUCAAAAACACACGAUGUAAAGGUUCUGCAGCCAACAAUUGCAACACAAAAUGCACGAUUUUCAGAGGCAAAUUCUCUAUACGAGUUGGAUAGAGCAACGCAGGAAGUCACUAAUGCUAUUGUAGAAGCACAAUCCCAGGCACUUGGAGGGCCUCUAAAUGGGGUUUCUCUUGGCUAUGGAUUACCAACCAUCAACGUUUCAAGAUCAGUUGGGUUGCCAGAACUACGUAGGCUGCGACGAACUUUUAUUAAACUGACUGGACAGACGAGUUUAAGCGGGCCGCCGCCGCCUUCUGAUGCAGAUAGUGCCAAGAGGAUGUUUGUGGAUUACUUAAACAGGGAACUAGGAACUGCUUGAAGAAUAUAAUUUCGAGUAUCAUGUUUAUGUAUUAAGAAGAUUGCCAUUGAUUUUUGACGUGAAAAGUAACAAAAAUCAAGUAAUUUGUUUUUCUAGGUUAUGUGAGACUUUGAGUUCUUCUACGAACGAACACAUAUGGAUGCGCUGGUUUUUCAUAGGAUUUGUAUUACACUUUGGAAAAUGCUAUAUGCUGCAUUUUUAUUUCUCU